AUGGCCGCCGGCCACUUUGAGUGCAUCGGCAGUACGCAGUACCUUCGAACCAAAUUCGGCCAAGGAUACUCCUUGAUUAUAAAACUCAAUCCCGAUAUAGUCGCCGAAUCUGACAUGUACCUAGACAAGGUGCAGCACUACAUUGAGGAUCGCCUUCCCUCGGCGUUGCUGCGCGACAUCCACCAGACGCUGCUCUUCUACCACAUUCCCCCGGAGUCGGACGUCACCUGGGCGUCGCUCUUCUCGGUGAUGGAGGAGGCGAAGGCAGGGCUGCAGCUGGAGGACUACCAAGUGGGCGACACGACGCUGGAGCAGAUCUUCCUUAGUUUUGCCAAACAACCUCAAGCGACAGAACGACCUAAAAGGAAAUCUCUUUCUGACAUAGCCGAAAUUCUCUAA